AUGUCGGACCAAGAGAUAUCCCAAGCUCUCCACUCCCUCCUCCACGACUAUUCCACUUCCCAGUCCCAAUCCUCCGCCGCCCCUCUCACCUCCAUGACCGCCGUCGUCCACCACCUCGAGUCCAAACUCGGCGUCGACCUCUCCCCCAAGGUCGACUUCAUCCGAUCUCAGCUUCAGCAGUUCCUCUUCCAGCCACCGCCGCCGCCGCAGCAGCAGCAGCAGCCGCCGCCGCAGCACCAGCAGCAGCCGCAACCCUUUCCUCCUCCGCAAUCUUACAAAGACCGUUAUGCCCCCCACCAAACCCCCAACUUCCUGCUAUCUUCCGGCUACCCUCCGCCGCACCAAACCCCCAAUUUCUUGCUCUCUCCCGGCUACCCUUCUUCUCAUUCUCACCCGCAGCAGCCACCGCAGCACCACCACCACCACCACCAGCAAUUUCCUCCUCCGCCCUCUUACAAAGACCAUUAUGCCCCUCACCAAACCCCCAACUUUCUCCUCUCCUCCGGCUACUCUCCUUCUCCCUCCCCUGGCUCCGUCCUCUCUCCUCGCGCCGUCAGGCUGGAGUCCUCUGCACCUGCUGCUGCUCCUCCCCUCGAGUCCCCCAAGGAGAGUAGUAAGGGUAAGAGGAAAGGCGGUGCAGGUGGGUUGAACAAGCUCUGCGGCGUCUCACCGGAGCUUCAAGUUGUAGUCGGCCAUCCUGCUCUUCCCAGGACUGAGAUUGUUAAGCAGUUAUGGGUAUACAUAAGAAAGCACAACCUCCAAGACCCGAGCAACAAAAGGAAGAUUAUCUGUGAUGAUGCACUGCGUGUGGUGUUUGAGACCGACUGUACUGAUAUGUUCAAAAUGAACAAGUUGCUCUCUAAACAUAUCCUUCGUCUUGAUCCCGCGAAAGAGGCUAGUGCUAAGAAGCAAAAAGUAGAGGAUGAUGAAGAACUGGAAUCUGAAAGCACACAGGCUCCUCCUGCUCUUGCUGUUUCCCCUGCCCCUGCUCCUGCUUCUGCUCCUUCUGCAGCGAUAGAGGAUGAAGAAAAGGAGUCUCAAGACACACAGGAUGCUCCUGCUCCUGCUCCAGCUCCUGCUCCUGCUCCUGCUCCAGCUCCAGCUCCAGCUCCAGCUCCUGCUCCUUCUGUGGGGAUAUCUGAAGAACUUGCGAACUUUUUCGGUGUUGGGGAGAGGGUGAUGCUCCAGUCGGAGCUUUUCACUCGCCUUUGGGAAUACAUCAAUGCAAAUAAUUUGGAGGAUCUUGUUAACCCAACAGUGAUUGUAUGCGACUCGAAGCUUCAAGAGCUCUUUGGUUGUCAAAGUUUCCCAGCUGCAAAGCUAAUGGAGGCUGUAGAUAACCUCAAUAGCUUGUCGAAAAGGAUCCUCUUAACAUUAGUGCUAGCACUGCCUGCAGCUACUGCGAUAGAUGGAGGCUCAGGUGGUGGUAGUUCAGCCGCUGUCAGGCUAAACAGUGAUUGCCGGGUUGAUCCGUCCCAGCUCAUCGUCUGCCGCCCUGCUGUCACCGGAGACUCACCCCCGCGCCCCACCUACGACUGCUGCAAGAUGAUCAAACGUGCCAACUUGCCAUGCCUAUGCAUGUUCAAAGAUUUCCUCCCAGCAUUUGGAAUCGACCCCGCUCGUGCCCUUGCUUUGCCUGAGAAAUGUGGCCUCAAGACUCCACCAGAAUGCAAAUCGCCUUGA